UAUUUUAGUAAAUCAACUUUAUUUGAAGGACUUUAUUAGAGACUUUGAAUCGUUUUUUAUUUAUGUGACUUGCGCACUACAUAUUUUUGAUGUCUGCUUAAUUUAAAGUUUAUAUCGGUGGACGAUGAAGACUAGCAGUAGCAGUAGCAGUAUCUCUCUCCUGGGUCUAACUUGGCUCCUGUUUCUAUGUGUGACCCCUGGAAGUCGGGGUCAGGAUCCAUCAACCAAACCCCAGCUCGGUGAGAGGGACGCCCUGUGCUAUGAAAAAGGAUGCUAUGCAGUGUUUCUCCAGAAGAAGGCGUUCAGAGAUGCUGGGCGCAGUUGCCGGGAGAAGGGCGGGACUCUGGCCACGAUGCACGACUACACGGAGGCGGGUGUGGUCCACGACCUGUUGUUCCAGAUUGAUGCUCCAGGGAGAUCCACGCUCCGGCUGUGGGUCGGACUGCACCGCCCCCCGCGACAGUGCUCCGCCACCAGGCCGCUCAGAGGAUUCGUCUGGGUCACAGGGGACCAGGAUGGACAGUACACUAACUGGAUGAGGGAGGAGACUCCUGGUACAUGUGCGGCUCAUCGCUGCGUUGCCAUGACGGUGCACACCCUUGAGAGCACUCACCAGGGGGAGCAGAACUACCAGUGGCUGGACGGUUCAUGCAGUCUGGCCCUUGAUGGAUACGUGUGCCAGUAUAACUACAAAGGCAUGUGCUCUCGGCUGGGCGAUGAGGGGAAGGGCCCAGCAGUCUACACCACACCAUUUAACUAUGUCAGCCCCUGGCUAAAGCACAUCCCAUAUGGCUCUGUGGCCACACUACCCUGCCCCCCUGACAGCACUGAUCCAGAAGCCCCGACUGAGCAGACUGUUUUGUGCAUGGAGAGGGACGACCAAACUGUGGGCUGGUCCAGAGACGCUCCCCUUUGCUCUGCAAACACAGCCCCUGAUGUAGACUGGUGCAGCAGGGACCACGGGUGUGAGCAUUUUUGUGAAAAUUCUGAAACAGACUACUACUGCUACUGCUCUGAUGGCUUUAUCCUAGACGAAGAUGGGUACAGCUGUAAACCCGAUCCUUUAAGUCAAACCACCCCUCCUGAGCUAUCGUCUGACUCGGCCGGCCCUACCGAGCAACCCCAUUUGAAAGAGGUGUGCGUAGAUAUGGGAUGUGCCUAUGAUUGCGUUGAAACACCACGUGGCGUUCGAUGCAUUUGCCCUCCUGGAUACCAAAUGGGCUCUGAUGGCCGUGAAUGUAAAGAUGUUGAUGAAUGCCAACAAGAGCCGUGCCAGCAACUUUGCGUCAACAUCCCCGGGACCUUCCAUUGCUCGUGCCAUCCAGGAUACCAACAAGAUGACGAGGGUGAAUGUGUUGAUGUAGAUGAGUGCUUAGAUGAGAAUAGUUGUGAAGGAUCUUGUGAAAAUACAGUUGGGUCAUUUAGCUGUCAGUGCACACCUGGUUAUGAGUUAAGUAGUGAUGGAGAGUGUUCCGAUAUUGACGAGUGCAAGGAAGAAUCCCCUUGCCAACAGCAGUGCCUAAACUUCUUGGGAGGCUACCAGUGUUUCUGUGAUGAAGGUUUUGAUCUCGAAUCUGAUGGUCUCACUUGCACCCCUUCAAAAGAUGAUGAAGAAUACUCAAGUCUGACUCCAGAUCCAAUUGAUUCAGUUCAUGAAGAAGACCUUGACCCAAAUGCUGACUUACCGUGGUCCACCUCAUUCACUCCAGAUGUAAAUUUCGAAGUUGAUACAAAUUUUGGUUGGUUCACAGAAAGCCCAGACCACCUAUUCCCAAAUCAGGGCUCGGACAAUGACUUGAAUCAGCUAGAUGUCCCUGCACCAUAUCACACUGUCCAGCCCCCAACACAAAAAUAUGCCACGGGUAAUGAAAUUGGCAAUGAAAGUAAACCGAAAGCUAACACACAUGAGACUGGGGCUAAAGAUGCCUCAGUUAUUGGGAAGGGGGAUAGUGCACAAAUAGACACUCCAGGAGAUGUCUAUGGUACAGCAGCAUCUGAAUCAACUCAAGGCAGACAGAAGCAGGAUAAGAGUUGGCUGUUGGUAGCGCUAUUGGUCCCUCUAUGUGUGUUUUUGGUUGUCAUGCUAGCUCUUGGCAUAGUUUAUUGUACAAGCUGUGCAGUUGAUAAGUCCCUCAGCUUCUCGGACUGUUACCGUUGGAUACUGCCCACGACGCCCCCUGCACAGAGCGAUGGGAAACCCCGAGCGUGAACCCUUAGAUAAACAAACACAGGUGCUCUACAGAUUUCCCAGAUGUUUGUUAAAGUUUUACUAGAGCUGCCGAACCAGCCACUAAAAGCUACCAUUUGGAUAUAAGAACCACUCAUUGCAAGACAAUUUUGUACUUUCUGA